ACACACUAAUCCAUACAAACUCCCAAAACUCUGUUUCUAGGGUUUCAUAAUUUACACCCCAAAUUCAUCACAAUCAAUCGAUUCAAUUCGAUCACACAACCUUCAAUCUCAAUCCAGAACCUUCCACCAAACGAUGUCUCGCCGGAGAGAUGACUACGACGAUGAUAUAGAGGACGAAGAUCAGGACGACGCGUUGGAAGAAGACGACGACGAUGACGAUUACGGCAGCAGCCGCGGCGGCGGAGGACGGAGCGGCGGUAAGAGGCGGAGAUCUGACUUUAUUGAUGAUGUUGCGGAGGAAGAUGAGGAUGAAGAGGAGGAUUAUGAUGAAGAUGAUGAGGAUUACGGUGGCGGCGGCGGCCGUGGUGCGAGUAAACGGAGAGGUGGUAAGGCGGCGAAGAAGGCGUCUGGUGCGGGUUUUUUUGAGCUUGAAGCGGAUGUUGAUUCGGAUGCGGAAGAUGAAGAUGAGGAAGACGGCGAAGACGACUUUAUAGUGAAUGAAAGGCUGGAUCCCCGAGAUGAAGAGGAUGCAAGAAGGAUGCAUCGCCGCCCUUUGAUUGCACCCGAAGAUGAACAAGAAGAUGUAGAAGCUCUUGAGAGAAGAAUUCAGGAGAGGUUUUCUAGAAAUCGUACAGAAUAUGAUGAUGACGAUGCCACCGAGGUGGAACAGCAAGCUCUCUUGCCAUCUGUUCGCGAUCCAAAGUUGUGGAUGGUGAAAUGCGCGAUUGGCCAUGAGAGAGAGGUGGCUGUUUGCUUAAUGCAGAAGUGCAUUGAUAGAAGUAGUGAGUUGCAGAUUAGAGCGGCCAUUGCUCUUGACCAUUUGAAGAACUAUAUCUAUAUUGAAGCAGAUAAAGAAGCCCAUGUGAAAGAGGCUUGCAAGGGUAUGCGUAACAUAUAUACUGGCAGCAGUAUUUUACUGGUCCCUAUAAAGGAAAUGACUGAUGUUCUAUCAGUUGAGAGCAAAGCAAUUGAUAUUUCCAGGGACACCUGGGUCAGAAUGAAAAUCGGAACAUACAAAGGAGAUCUUGCAAAGGUUAUUAAUGUGGAUAACGUGAGGCAGAGAGUCACGGUUAAGUUGAUUCCAAGAAUUGACCUACAAGCCUUGGCAAACAAAUUGGAAGGUAGGGAGGUUCAAAAGAAGAAGGCUUUCACCCCUCCACCACGACUUAUAAAUGUUGAGGAGGCUAGAGAAAUGCAUAUUCGUGUUGAGCGUAGACGGGAGCAAACGACGGGUGAUUACUAUGAUAAUAUAAAUGGCAUGAUGUUCAAGGGUGGUUUCUUGUAUAAGUCCGUAUCGAUGAAGUCAAUAAGUACUCAGAAUAUACAGCCGAGCUUUGAUGAACUUGAAAAGUUCAACCAUCCUACUGAGAACGGGGAUGGUGAACUUGCUUCUACUAUGUCGACGCUUUUUGCUAACAGAAAGAAAGGACACUUUAUGAAGGGUGAUAGAGUUAUUGUGAUCAAGGGAGAUCUUAAAAAUCUAAAGGGAUGGGUCGAGAAAGUCGAAGAAGGGACGGUUCAUAUAAAACCGAAAGCAGAAGGGCUUCUAACGACUCUUGCUGUAAAUGAAAAAGAGCUGUGCAAGUAUUUUGAGCCAGGAAAUCAUGUGAAAGUUGUGUCUGGUGCACAAGAAGGCGUGACUGGAAUGGUUGUAACAGUUAAGGGGCAUCUAGUUAACAUAGUGUCAGACACCACCAAGGAAGUUCUACGUGUUUUCUCUGACAAUGUUGUGGAGAGUUCUGAAGUGACGUCUGGCAUUACCAAAAUUGGGGAUUUUGAGCUUCAUGAUCUUGUCCAACUGGAUAAUUCCAACUUCGGUGUAAUCAUACGCGUAGACAGUGAAGCCUUUCAGGUUUUGAAGGGUGUUGCAGAUAAAGCAGAGGUUGAACUUGUUAGGUUAAGAGACAUUAAAUACAAAAUUGAUAGGAAGGUAUCUGCUCAGGAUCGUUAUAAGAACACUGUAUCAGUGAAAGAUGUGGUUAAAGUCGUUGAGGGUCCAUGCAAGGGGCGACAAGGUCCUGUUGAACAUAUUAAUAGAGGAAUCCUGUUUGUAUAUGAUCGUCACCAUCUGGAGCAUGCAGGGUUUAUCUGUGCUAAAGCUCAGUCAUGUGUGUUGGUCGGUGGUUCCCGUGCAAAUGGUGAUAGAAAUGGCAAUCCAUUGGCAUCAAGAGUUGCUCAGCUUAGGCCUCCCACUCGAUUUCCCAAUUCUCCGGGUAGAGGGGGCCCACCACUACCUGGUGGGAGGUACAGAGGUGGAAGAGGAGGGAAAGAUUCUUUAGUUGGAACCGUCAUUAAAAUCCGGAUGGGUCCCUUUAAAGGAUACAAGGGGCGGGUUGUUGAUGUCCAUGGAACAUCAGUUCGGAUUGAAUUGGAGUCACAAAUGAAGGUUGUUACAGUCGAUCGCACCCACAUAUCAGAUAGUGUGAAUGUCACGACCCCGUACCGUGACACACAUAGGUACGGCUCUGGAAGUGAGACACCUAUGCAUCCUUCAAGAACCCCACUCCAUCCAUACCAGACACCUAUGCGAGAUGCUGGAGCAACACCUAUUCAUGAUGGCAUGAGGACGCCUAUGCGUGACAGAGCAUGGAAUCCAUAUGCACCAAUGAGUCCUCCAAGGGACUCUUGGGAAGAUGGAAACCCUGGUUCUUGGGGAUCAAGUCCUCAGUAUCAGCCGGGAAGUCCUCGUUCAAGAGCAUAUGAAGCACCGACUCCUGGUUCAGGAUGGGCCAACACUCCUGGUGGGAGUUACAGUGACGCUGGCACACCACGCGAUACCACCCCUACCUAUGGAAACGCUCCAAGCCCUUACUUGCCAUCAACACCUGGUGGACCACCUCCCAUGACGCCAAGUUCAGCAUAUUUACCUGGUACUCCUGGCGGUCAACCGAUGACUCCUGGAGGUGGUGGAUUGGAUAUGAUGUCACCUGCAGUAGGUGGUGAUAAUGAUGGACCGUGGUUCCUGCCCGAUAUAUUGGUGAAUGUACGCCGAGCGGGUGAAGAUGCUUCUCUUGGUGUCAUCCGAGAAGUGCUUCUGGACGGUGCAUGCCGUAUAGCUCUUGGUGCAAGUGGAAAUGGUGAGAUCAUCACCGCCAACCCUAAUGAGAUAGAGGUUGUUGUGCCACGCAAGGCUGACAAAAUUAAAAUAAUGGGUGGCGAGAAGCGUGGUGCUACAGGGAAGCUGAUUGGUGUUGAUGGUACUGACGGGAUCGUUAAAGUGGAUGAAUCACUUGAUGUUAAGAUAUUAGAUAUGGUUAUUCUAGCCAAGUUAGCACAUUUAUCGUGAUUUUCUAAACCCUCAAAGUAUAUACUUUGAUAUUGGUUUGUCGUUUUUUUUCUUCUGGGAAUGGAUGGUAAUUUUGCUAUGUAUAAGAUAGGUAUAUUAUUUCAGUUACGGUGUAUUUAGAAGCGUUACCAGGAUGGUUCUUUUUGUUCAAUUCUAUAACGGGGUGUUCACACAAAGACAAACCAAAGUGAUCAGGUUGACUGAUUGUUUUAGUGGUUUGUACCAAUCAUAGGUUUUCUUUUUCA